AGCUUGCAAUAAAACAGUGAAUGCUACAACCACAGGCACCAUAGAGAUCAAUAACUCGCCUAUGACAUAUUGGCCAAAUGCCUUCUGUACCUGGACGUUAAGUGGCAUGGUACCCAAUAAAAUUUCUCUACAGUAAGUAAACAUCAGCUUCCUAAUCUAUCUGUUUUUAUCGGGAAAAAAAUUUAUAGUUCAGAAAAUUUAGAUGAAUUAUUUUAAAUUAUUUUUUUUUUAUUUCUUUCAAUUUUUUACUAGAGUUCUCAACCUUCCUUAUGAAAAUUUCAAUUUUACCGGAGUUUGUUUGUCAGACUACGUCGAAGUGUAUGAUGGGCAGAAUUCUAGUAGUCAUCUGCUUGGACGAUACUGUCAAGACAAACCUGUUUUGGGAACAAUCAGAUCAACAGGAAAUAUUAUGCACAUCGUUUUUAGAUCAGAUAGGCUUAAUGAGAAGGGCUUUCUGAAGGCAAAAUAUACUGCAUACAGUAAGUUAUAAACCUGUAUUUUUACACACUUUCUCAUUACUCUAUUUUUACCUAUUUACACUCUGCAACAUAUCUACAUAUCUCUUUAACUUAAAUUUUUCCAAGUCAUUAUAAAAACAUUAGAUGUUAUGUAGUGGCUUGAAUAUUGCCAGUUAUAAUAGCCUAUAUAUUGCCAAGUUCUGUCAAAUAAGUGUACAUUUCUACAGAAUGAAGAGUAUUUUUUAAUAUAUAUUUUUUUUCAUACUGAGGUCUUAUUUAUCAUCCUUAACAGACUAUAAUUUAUGUUCUAUAUUUUGUUUUGCUAUCCUAUUUUUACUAGUCUUACCACAUGUAAUUUUAUGAGCAAGCCUGGGUUUGGGGAGGGGGGGGGUCUCAGCUUCUUGGUGUAGUUUUGUGGUCUGCAUAUAUAUGAUUGGUAUUAAAGAUGUAUCAAGGUGAAUUCAGUUUGGAAAAGAAGUUUAUCCCAUUAACUUACAUCACAAUAUUUCAUUUUGUUCUUAGCAAAUGAAUGCCAACAGAAUGGCAAGAAUAAUAGAACUCAAAUUUGCUUCAUCUUUUUAAUUUUUUACUGAACUAAAAUAGCGAUUUAAAAAUGAUAAAAUUUGAGUGACUAUUCAUGACUGUUAUGAUUCAGAUUAUCCGGCAUGUAAACAAGACCUUACUGUUUUGAAUGAGCGGCAAAUCAUCC